AUGUAUUCCCUCUAUGUCAACAACCAGCAUGGUACGUUAGUUUACGAAAAGCACUUCAGCGACGAAAUAAAGCUAAACAGUAAUGAAGAGAUAAGACUGGCUUCCAUGCUGCACGGCAUUUCAACCAUAUCUGAGAAGAUCAAUGUGCAUACGUCCCCCCUAAAUGAAUCGAAGAGAAACAUUUUCAAGUCACUAGAGAAGAAGGGCAUCGAGACAAUCGAGGGAGAUGGUUUCAAAAUCCAGUGUUACGACACGUUAACAGGAAUUAAAAUUUUCAUUGUGCACAAAGAUGACCUCAACAUCGAAGCGAACACUUAUUUGAAAAGGGUUCACGAAUUGUAUAGCGACAUCAUUUUGAAGAACCCCUUCUACGACAUUGAUAUGCCUAUACGUUCCGCGGUUUUUAACGAGCAAGUCGAGAAGCUCUUCGCCGCUAAAAUGAACCUCCUCCUUAAUGUACUAAUUCUGAUUGACGCAGCGAGUGUUACGUUUCUCUCAGUAACAUUUCUUAUGAUCAACUUGAAUGAAGAAAGUCUGGAACUAAGUAAAGCACACCGAGAAAAUGGGAAAAAGGCUCUGGUAGUAGCCAUUUUAUUGUAUGCAGUUUUUUUAGUUCUCCUCUUUACAUACAAAGCCUACAAAAAUAAACGAAAGCUGUACAACAACUUCUUCAUGAAGAAGAGAAAUGCUCCCAGGUAUGUUCAGCUCGCCAGCACUUAUUUUUCAGGCGCAGACGAGUACGAGCAGUACGAGCUGAGCAAGAUUUAG